AUUUUGGCCAUUCCUCCGAGCUGGCGUUCGUUGUGGAGCCUAGCGAUGACAUAGCUGUGCAAGAACAACCCUUGAUCCUCUACUGCCAGGUGGAGGGCAUCCAGCCCAUCACCAUCACGUGGCGGAAGAAUGGCGUGAUGAUCGUGGACAGUGAGAAUGCCUUUAUGUUGGCCAACGGGUCGCUUUACGUCUCCCGCUUCCAGAGAGUCCGGGGAGAUGGGUCCUCGGAUGAAGGCGAGUAUGACUGCAUGGCGCAAAACCACUACGGGCUGGUGGUGAGCCGGAAGGCAAAGAUUCAGGCAGCGACGAUGUCCGACUUCCACAUCCACCCUCAGAACGCAGUGGUGGAGGAAGGUGGUGUAGCAAGAUUCCAGUGUCAGAUCCACGGCUUGCCUGAGCCGGUCAUCCUCUGGCAAAAGAACCGCAUGCCAGUCAACACAGACAAUGAAAGGUACACGCUGCUGCCCAAGGGGGUCCUCCAGAUUACGGGACUGAGGGCAGAAGACAGCGGGAUUUUUCACUGCGUUGCUACCAAUAUUGCUAAUGUGAAGUUCAGCCGGGAGGCCAGACUCACCGUGUCGGGCUCCCACUCCACCGUUUACAAGGACCCCAUGAUUCUCGUCGGUCCAGAGAACCUCACGCUGACGGUGCACCAGACCGCUGUGCUGGAGUGCAUCGCAACGGGCAAUCCCCGGCCCAUCGUCUCCUGGAGCCGCCUAGACGGCCGCCCGAUUGGCGUGGAAGGGAUCCAGGUGCUGGGGACAGGAAAUCUCAUGAUCUCAGACCUCACCGUGCAGCAUUCUGGCAUCUAUGUGUGCGCCGCGAACAAACCCGGCACUCGAGUGCGAAGGACCGCGCAGGGCAGGCUCGUUGUACAAGCCCCUGCAGAGUUUGUGCAGCAUCCCCAGUCCAUUUCCAGGCCCGUGGGGACUACUGCCAUCUUCACGUGCGUGGCCCAAGGGGAACCCCCUCCACAGAUCACUUGGCUGAGGAACGGGCAGAUCCUGGAGACCAGCGACCACAUUAAGCUGAAGAAUAACAACAGCACUCUCUCCAUCUAUGGGAUCAACCAGGCAGAUGAAGCCAUCUACCAGUGCAUCGCCGAGAACAGUGCCGGCUCCACGCAAGCCAGUGCUCGCCUGACGGUCCUGUGGGCAGAUGGGCUGCCCGGUCCUCCACAGAGCGUGAAGGCUGAGACGGUCUCUGCAACCACCAUCCAGGUGUCUUGGGAAAAGCCUCUGCAGAACACCAAGGAGAUCAUCGGCUACGUGCUGCACAUUCGGAAAGCUGCAGAUCCUGUAGAGAAGGAGUAUCAGGAGGCUGUUAGCAAGAGCACCUUCCAGCAGCUAGUGACUGAUUUAGAGCCCUCAACCAGCUAUAGCUUUUAUAUAAAGGCUUACACCUCCCGGGGUGCCAGCAAAGCCUCAGAAGUCACAGUGGUGAGCACGCUGGGAGAAGUCCCAGCCAUGCCAUCCCUCUUUAUUAAAGUCAUUAACAGCACCGCCGUCCAGGCUACGUGGGAGCCCUCCAUCAAACUGGGCCAGCACGAAGGCUUCAAGCUGUAUUACCGCAAGGUCCACCUCUCCCAGUACACAGGUCCGGUGCUACUGCCCAGCAACGUAACAGCGUACAACAUUACCCACCUGGAUGCGUCGGUGGUGUAUGAAGUCAAGCUCCUCGCCUAUAACCAGCACGGGGAUGGAAAUUCAACUGUCCGCUUCGUGUCUUUGAGGGAAAGUGUGGAGAGGACAGUGUUAAAUCCCCCUUGUGACUGCACGAAGGACGAGCAGAACAAUAAAACCUCCACGACCGGCAUCAUCAUUGGGAUCCACAUCGGCGUCACCUGCAUCAUAUUCUGCGUCCUCUUCCUCAUGUUUGGUUACAGAGGAAGGCUGCUGAUGUGCAAAAAUGUGCAGGAGCAACUGUCGACCCCGCAGAUCCCCAGGAGCCAGCGAAACGCCACAGGCCUCGUCCUGAACGGGGCCGCUCGCAGGGACAGGGACGACCGGGACUUGAAUGGAAAGCAGCUGGAUAUGAAUGAGCUGGAGAGGUUAUUCCCAGCAUCCCCAUCCCAGGAGCAGCAGGAUAAGGGAAUAACGUCGGCGCACAGCCCGCCAGCCCCC